GCCAAUUCUGGUUACAUUCCAAUUGAUGUCUGGCUUAACCUACUACCCGAUCUUGUUGCGGGGGAACCUCUAGACUACUCGUUCUGGUCCGGCCUUCUCUCUGGCUUAUCUGGACAUCUUCAAGUGGUUAUUAGUGCUCAAGAAGAGGCUCAGCUUCUCACUCGCUCGCGCGCAUCAUCGGCGGAUACCAAGCUUUUUGACCCUUGGACAAACUACCGCGCCUUCGUUCAUCGUUUAACACGUCCCACACUUUAUAAGCUAGGUCUGCUAUAG